AUGAAUUCUUUUCAACUUGAUGAAUCCGUCACAAAUGAAUCAAAAGCUGUGGAAUUUCUUCAAAAACAUGGUUUAAUUCCUGAUUCAAAAAAAUGCGAAAAUGGGCACGAAAUGAAGCUUUCUUUCGGCAAGGUGAUUAGAUGGAGAUGCAGUCUUAGAAGCUGCAGAAAACAAAUUGGAGUACGGGUCGGAACGUGGUUUCAGGGAACCAAAAUGCCACUAAAAACGGCAAUUUUAUUCAUUUAUUUUUGGGCAAAUAAAGAAUCGUCUGGGGAAAGAAUGAAAAAAAAAUUGGAUCUGUCUCCAAGUACGACUGUAGACUGGAACAGUCUUCUGAGGGAAGUCUGCGUUUUUAUGGAGAAACAGGAAGACAGUAAUUUAGAAAGAAAAGAGGUUACAGUGGAGGUGGAUAAAACCAACUUUGCACAGAGGAGCAGGGACAUCCAUUUUUUUUAUGAAUUUUUGUGUAAAAAAUAA